AUGGCGGGAAAAAUAUAAACAAAAGCAUAUCAAACAAUCAGUAGUUUAUGCUGCAUUUGAUAUGGAAGAAGUGGUGCAUCAAAUUAGCGCCCGUUUUCCGUGUCGCGAAAAUCUCAUACGCCAGCUAUUUCGCUUCUACGGUGAAGACGAUAUUUUUCCACCGGCAGUCUACCUGUAUGGGCACACUUCCACCGGUAAAACCGCGAUCCUGCAGGAAUUCGUACGCUACAUAACCGGUACCAAGUGCGCUUUCCUAAACGCCAUCGAAUGCUACACGAACAAGAUUUUCUUCGAGACGAUCCUGAACCGGCUAGCAGACCACACACCAACUGCGGAACACGGGUAUGCCUCGGUGGCCAGUGUGGAUUGCAUGCGGGACUUUGUUGCUCACUUGCAACACAUGCAUAACGAGUUGUCCUACUUGAUCGUGGUAGAAAACGCCGAGAGGGUAAGAGACAUGGACCACAAUGUAUUGCCGAUGUUGUUGCGGUUGCCAGAAGUAAGCGGCCUGAACAUUUCGGUAAUUCUGGUGUCGGAUUUGCCAUUCGAGAAGUACUUCAUCCGGACGGGAUUGUCGCCGGUCAUAAAGGUGUUUGUCGCGGAGUACAGUAAGAAGGAAAUCGCGUCGAUAAUGAUGGAGGGGUUUGAUACGGUGCGGGACGAACUGCGCAGCAAUUUGGAACUGACGGCUGAUGGUUCAACGAAACAUGCCUUAUCCGAGGAUGAAGUUCAGAAACGAGUCAAAGCUCUGAUGGAAUUGCCAAACGGUUUCUACGAGAAUUAUCUGAAUAUUUUUCUGAAUAUGUUCUUCAAAGUUUGUCGAGACCUCAAAGAAUUGCAACUUGUUUCGUUCGAGUGUUUUCAGAAGUACUGUGAACCGGUUCUAGACGGGACAAUCGCUUCGGAUGAUGCGAUCAAACUGUGGAGACACAUCGCAAAAACGUUGAAGCUGGCCUUAAGCACAAUCUAUAUGCGAAUGGGAAGCGUCAACCAGGAGAUGCUUCGUCCCACGCUGGACUCGUCCGAAUCGCUGGAGCAAAUGCACACCAUGAAACGUCUGGCACAAAACCUGGAACUUCCAUUCUACGCAAAGUACCUGUUGAUAGCCGCUUAUCUCGCAAGUCACAACGCCGCCAAAGAGGACAAACGGCUAUUUAUGAAGUAUCAUGGCAAGCAGAGAAAGCGUAUGCAGUCGGUCAACGCUAAGGCAAAAGUUACGGAGAAGAUGGCGACCCAGAUGGGACCGAAGUCGUUUACCAUCGACCGACUGCUGGCCAUCUUCUACGCCAUUCUAGACGAAAAGGCCGGUUUGAACUGCAACUUGUUGGCGCAAAUAUCGACGUUGAUUCAUCUCAAGUUUCUGGUGUUUGCUUCGGGCGAGGGAAGUAUUAUGGACGGAAGUGCGCGACUGCAGUGCCUCGUCGGGAUGGACUUCAUCACGCACAUCGGACGGAUGGUCGGCUUCAACGUGAGGCAGUAUUUGUGCGAUUUCUUUUAGUCCAUUCAGGAGUCAGUAGAAUUUAGGCUAACUUGUUAUAAUUUUUAAUAAAUAGUUCGGCAAAUCGGAAA